AUGGAAGAUGAUAGCGAUUACGAUGAGUUUUCCGUUCAACCGUAUAUGUAUGAGCCAGAAUUUAGUGACAGUCAAUCAGAUUUUUCUGAUUCUGACUCGGGCAGCGAGGACAAUUUUGCCGAUGCCCAAGACGACCAUCGUAUAGAGUGCAAAUGCUGCACAGAAUACCCAGAGCUGAUGGAAAGGAUGGACGAGGCAGGGGUAAAAUGCAUUACUGAGCACACUGGCUUCAAAGCUAACUGUCUCCAUCCAGAUGUCAUUGAAGUUUCGUUUUAUGAGUUCCUUGAUGUAAAUGGUCCCAUCGGUGAUGAAGAACCAAUACAUGAAGUAUACAGAUACAUUUCAUAUAGAAGACUGGCUCGUUGGAUAUGGCACCGUCUGAGCAAGAAGGACCGACGACCUCUUCCGUCAUGCGCUGUGGCAGCCAUUCGCCAGAGAUUUCCGUCCGACUCAUACAUUGGAUUUUGCUUCGCCAGGGAUGGAAACUAA